CGGGCCGUUGGUCAUUGGAUCGUUGUACAUAUCAUUUAUUUAUCGCGCAGUCCGGAAAUUAUUGACGUCGACGCCUACGCUGAAAGGGUUGAACGUGAAGCACGGCAGCGCCCAAUAGAACUCAGACGCGAACCGGACGUGAGCCCCCCUCCCAUGGUCAAUGAAGAGCGUCAGGAGCCCAUGAACCUGGUCCGCCCGUCUCAGGCACAGCCGCCGAGGGCUAUGGAGGGUCGAUCAAAUGGACAUGUACCCGUUGUGAAUAUGCCGAAAAGGCGCCGCUUCAAUUAUGAUGCACACUCCCGCUACGUCGAGGACAGGUUUCCCACAAAUCGGCGAGUGGCGCCGGAACCCGUACCUCUUAAUCUUCAUGGACCCCGCGGCUCGCGUCUACACAGCCCACAAGGACAUCCCAACGAAAUCUUUCACAGCCCGCCAAGACCAAUUGGCAAUCUUAGGAUGGGCGAAGGAGAGAGAUACCAAUCCCCCUUUCCUAUCGUACGUGGCAGAUCACAAUACCGUUUCCCUGGGCUGAUCGACAUAGUGAACGGGGCAAUGGGUCCCGGUCGAAUGUUUUCCUCGUUCCUGCAAUCGGGUUUCCCAGGAGGUCACGUGCCGGCUGCUUUCUUCGGUCCUCCACCACCACCGCCAGUCGCGAGACCCGGACCCGUGAAUGGACCCCGGGCUCAGGAUGCUCCCCGGCUCCGCAUUCGCCCGUCCGAAACGAUCACUUCAGCUUCUCAAAACCAAGAUCAACAACGUGCUAACUUUCAGGGUGCUUCAUUUACUACGUACAGGUCAAACUGAAUUUUCUAUUGAUAGUUUAAAGGUAGUAAUAUGUUACGACUGCUGAUGGCGAGUCACUUAGAAGAGCAUGCCUCAGCGAGCGAGCCAAGGAUCUCUAUGCUCAUUACGUAGAUAUAGAAUUUACCUACAUACAUGUCAUUAUAAUGCGUAAUUUACACUUAUUUGAUGUUCUUAUUGAAAUGUAUUGCCUAGUAUAAGCAUAUUAUAAUCGUAAAAUAACUUAAUACUCUUGUCACUCUCCUCUAGAGUUUGACACUUGUUUAAAAUAUGAAUGUUAAAUAAAACUAGCUUAACCUGCUUUUUCAAGUUAUCAGUCAUUUGAAAUAGGUGUUAGUAUAUAGGUAUUAGUAUAAGUAUAUUCACAAGUAGCUCAGUAGUAUAGCGAUUUAACUGACUAGCAGUUGUAGAAUGCAUUCAUAUUAACUUUGCUUUUUUUCUUUCUCAUAUUCAUCAUUUCUCGUGUCAAUAUUUUGAACGAUAAAAUUUGUGAGUGGUGUUUAAAGACGUACCGAUUGAUAGCCUUGUACUUACGUGCUAUGGCUAUAUGCUUGCUGCGUCUUUUAAUUACAGGUGUCUUUAAUUGUGUCCUAACAGUAUUGGUGGUACCUUUUUAAAAGGUUUUAGGAGUGAACAAAUGUACAGGGAAAUAAGAUGUGAAAUUGCGGGGUAAUAGUAUUAUUAUUCUGACUGAAACGUUUAUUUUUAGUCUUUUGAAACUAUUUUUGUCUAAGAAAAUUUAAAAUGAAAUUCUUAUUUUGUUUCUAAAACUAUUCAGAAGCGAUAAUUUAAAUUUUAAAAAAACAAUAGUUCGUUUUUAAAAGAUUCCAAAUUUUUUAUAAGCGUCUUAUUUUCGUAAAUUAAUUAAGGUCGUUUCAAAUUGGCUCAGAAAGAUAAAAGUGACAAAUUUGGGGAAAAGCCUUAAAAUGUUCUAUUCAUACCAAUUUGAAACUUUUCAAUUUACUUAUGUCAAACUAUUUUUAUCUCUAUUCAUGGUUAUCCGUUGAUAAAUAAAGGUUCUCUAUAUUUAAGGUAAUACUUUACACAUGUAGUGGCAUUUAUCCCUAUUUGGAAAGUACUAACUAGAUCGCGCUAACAAUUACUAAAGGGAAGAUUGCAUGUGUGGGUGGAUACACCGACAGGAUGACUACGUGGACUAGUGGAUCUUACAAAUUAGCACUAAUUAAUAUUUGCACCAAACGCCUCAAAGCGAAUCUUUUUCUAAUUUUAUUUUUAUUGCUUUUAUGAUUGGACGAGCUCACGGCCCACCUAGAGUUAAGUGGUUAAAGGAGCCCACUACGUAAAUGCCGCCACCUACCUUGAGAUAUAAGUUGGUCUCAGUAUAUUUAUGUUACGCCGGUAAGAGUAACGUCAUUUAUCGUCGAAUAGCCGAACGAAUAUCGAAGGAUAAUAACAUUUAGAACUCUCGAAGAGUACUAUGCCAUCUAAUGUCAGAUAGUGGAAACACACAUUGAAGGUACUCGACUUGUGAGGAAUGUUCUCGACAAUUCUAGGGAUUUCGUCUCGACUAUAAAAACGUUGCAGAGAUGGCACGCCGUCAGUCAAUAAUCGGAAUUACUCGAAGCGGAUGAAGUGAAUUAAGAAUUUUAAAGUGUUCUGUGAGUGUUCUGAGUGGUAAAUACAGUUUUGAGUUAUACUUUGGUGGAACAAUUAUUUAUCCUGAAUCCCAGCGCGUAACAAUUUGGUGUCAGAAGUGGAGGAGCACACUCGGCGACAGGAGGAACGGAUGUUCCUAAUAAAAGAUUUAAGAGAUACAUUCGCCAAAACCAUUACGGAGAUAAAAGAGCAGGUGCAACAGCACGAGGACCGUAUUUCUCAGCACGAAAGCCGGAUUGCGAAAGCUGAGGUUCAGGUGGCUGACGUGAGAAAGACCCUGGAAGACAUAAAAACAGGAACAGUAACUUCAGCCUCAGUUACUGGUGGUCCCUCCACGCGGGGGUACAAAGUUCCGCCAUUCGAUGGAAGAACCUCGUGGUCAGCCUACAGGAUCUAGUUUGAGGCCGUUGUGAAGGCAAACGGCUGGAGCAACUCACAAGCCAUGAUGGCGCUUACUCUGGGAUUCCGCGAACAAGCUUUGACCAUCCUGGAAGCCUUAGAUAAGGAUGCAACGUAUGAACAGCUUGUGGAGGCAUAGGAGUCCAGAUAUGGAGACGCGCACCUGAAACACGUGUUUCGUGCCCAGUUGAAGAAACGAGUGCAGCGUGGCAACGAGAAUCUCAACAGUAGGCGCUCGAGGUUGAGAAGCUAGUCCACAAGGCGUACCGCUCUUUACCUGCCCUUUUUGACGGUAACCUGGUACAAGCAUUUAUCGACGGUAUCCGAGACUUGGAGGUCAGAGUUGCAGUGCGAUUGGGUCAUUACGAGGCCCUGAAGGACGCCUUAGCUCAUGAUCUGGAGGUAGAGGCCGUAAGAUAGGAUCAUCGAUCUCAUCAUGUCAGAGAAGUGACCGUUUCACCUGCACACGAACAACCUCAAGGAUACGGCCCCAGAUGCUACGCCUGUGGCGAAAGAGGCCAUCUCCGGUUGAGUUGCCCGGCAAGAGGUAUAGCGAAAGGUGAACGUCGGGAAGAAAGGGUGGCAAGUACCGCCUAGCAGCAGCAGGGAAACGAAUAAACGCCAGAAUUACGGGGUGCUGGCUGGCGAUUGAAGAUGGGAACAGCCUGGCUAUUAAAAACGAGGUCAAUGGCACAUCGUGUAAGCUGACACUGGACACUGGAGCUUCUCGGACUGUUACCAGCUUUAGAAUAGCUAGUCGGUGUUUUGUGGACCACACUUACAACCAGGUAGGCACCAAUUUAGUAACAACCACCGGUCAGCACAUAUCCGUCCGAGGUGAAAAGAAAGUGGAGCUGAAACUCGGCAGUGAAGUUUAUCAGCACAAUGCCAUCGUGGCUGAUAUUGUUGACGACUGUAUCGUGGGCUUGGACUUCAUGAAAACACAUAGUUGCGAGAUCGACGUUAGACAAGGAGUGUUAAAAUGUAGUCCAGAGGAGAUCUCUAUGGAAGGUGCAUCAUUUGGCAAAGUGUACUGCUUAAAAAGGAGUAUCCUCACACCUAGGUCAGAAACGGUGGUGCCAGUCAGCUUACCACAGAAAUCAAACAGUAAGCCUCGAUGUGUUCUUACAGAAAGACUGGAUGAGGAAAUGUGAAAAGGAAAAUUUUAAAGUUCUGUGAGUGUUAUAAGUGAUAAAUACAGUUUUAAGUUGUACUUUGGUGGAACAUUUAUUUAUCCCGAACCCCAGCGCGUAGCAGUUAUAACGGCAGCCCCACCUUUCAAGUGGAAACGCAUUACUGCUCUACGGCAGAAAUAGGUAGGUGGUGGUAUCUUCCCGUGCGGACUCACACGUCAGACGUCCUACCACUAAUAAUUAUGCAAAUUAUAAUUUUGCGGGUUUGAUUUCUAUUACACGAUUUAUUGAACACUUUAAGAAUUUUAGAUUUCGAGAACGCUAUCUCUUUGAUUGUUCGGUUAAUUGAUCUGACAUGGAUGACUGAAACAUUAAUAGACCAAUUGUGUUUUUACGUUUUAAUUUAAUGUUGCCUGAGGCUACACGAUCAUUAAUGUUUUACGUUGCUUCUUAAAAUUUCUAAAUGUUAAAAAUUAAGCAAAUACAAAACGGAUCGGGGAUUUCAGGAGUAUUUGGCUCUUUACCUACUUUAUGAGAGGGAUUCUAACAUAGUAAUUUGGUUUUCUUUAUCUAUCUACUACAUUUAUAUAUCAUAACAAAAUUUGGCAGAAGUUAACCAAGAAAGAGUAAAGACAAUGAAAAAACAAUCAGACUGUCAAGUUCUUAAUUUCAAUAAUGUUUUUAUAAGGUAACAGUAUUUAUGGCAAACCGAAUCUGAAUUCAAGAAUAUGCAAAUCAUUCUGUGAUGUUGAAUUUGCAUUGGUGCAUGUACCACUGUCGGGUGUAUUUGUUCUCAAACAUGCUCUCUUGUUGACAAUAACAAAACAAGUUAUACUAUACCAAAUAAACGCGAGUCUGAAAUUUACAAUUGUGGCUUUAUGUCGCUAUCUACAUUCGAUUUUAAUUUACUAAGCUGUUUACACCUUAUGUUUGACUCUUAUUUUUUUGCUAAGUACUAAUAAUACUAUUCUAGCAGAUGUGGCCCGAAUGAUACAUUUGAAUGAAAUGGUAAUUGUUAUUAUUUCUUGACUUCAGAAGCAUAAUUUAUUUAUUUAUUUAUUUAUUUAUUUAUUUAUUUAAGGAUUACCGACAGGGUUUACAGUAAGACAUAAAAUAACAUUGACAUGUAUAGAGCAAUUGAUAACUGCAACUCUAAUUAUAGGCAAUCACAGCAUGCAUUACAUUAAUAUAUUAAUAGAGAUUUAAUAAUACUAUUAAUAAUAAUAAAAAAUUAAAAACAAAAGAAAGACAACAAGGGCAGUAAUACCCAAGUACUCAGACCAAGGCUGAGGCUGAGGUUCAACAACAACUUUUUAUAAUUUUGUUCUUAAAUAUUGGAAGGGAAUCACCCAAUAUGUCAAGGUUUUCAACUUUUCUAACUAGAUUAUUAUAAAGGUUAGUUAGACGAGGAGUAGGUGAGUGCUUGCCUAGAUUGGUUCUGCUAAAGCGGGUGCUGAAAAGAGCAACGGGGCGACGAGGUAACCUAGAUGGCACCUUCAAAGAGAAUUUAUUGAGGAUGAAUUGGGAGUCGACAGUACCGCUCAUAACUUGAUGUAAAAAACAUAAGCCUAACAUAUCGCGGCGAUCACUCAAUGUUUGCAUUUUAAAAUAUUUAGCCCUAUCAACAUAAGAUUCAACAUAAUUAGGCGGCCUAAAACGGUACGACAUGUGGCGAAGUAACUUUUUUUGAAUUCUCUCAAUCCUGUUAAUAUGGGUUUUGUAUGUAGGACACCACACAGUGCUGCAGUAAUCAAGUUUGCUUCUAACAUAACUGUUGUAAAGCAAUAGCGUAGUGGAAACCUUCUUAAACUCCUUACCAUUCCUAAGUACAAAACCCAGUGAUUUGUUCGCGGCAUCUAUAAUUUUGUCAAUGUGCUUAGUGAAAUUCAGCUUGGUAUCAAGCUCCACCCCUAAAUCACGAGUCUGAGAAACUUCACUCAAGCAUUCUCCUGAAAUAUGAUAUUGUGUUGGUAUUAUAUUGCGUUUUAAUGUAAAUUUUAUAUGUAGACAUUUCGAAAUAUUCAAAUACAUUUUAUUAAUUUGGCACCAAUCAACCAAUUUAUCAAUAUCUCUCUGUAAUAGUUCAGCAUCAUUCACAUCAUUUAUAACACGCAUUAUUUUAAGAUCGUCAGCAAAUAGGUAACAGGUAGAAUAUUUAAAAAGAUUUGUAAUUUCGUUGAUAAAGAUGUUAAAAAAUAGUGGACCCAAGAUGGAACCCUGAGGUACACCCGAAGAAGCUAUGAAUGGAUUGGAACUGUGACCGUCAAUAACAACCUGUGAUGGCCUUUGGUUUAGAUACGAAGAACACCAUCUAAGCAGAGGAACUUCGAUACCAAAUUGAUGUAGUUUUUCUAGUA